AUGGAAACCGGUGUUGUUGGAGAACGUUCCCUAAGCUUAGGUGAAGGAGAUGCUAUGACUUUUAUUUCACGAGACGGUGGUGCUUCUUGGGAGGUGGCUUUUGAAUUUCCUGUGUAUGCAGCAUUUUUGGAUUUUGGGAACAUUAUCGUCGCUAUACCGGAGCCUUCCUCUCCAAAGGGCUCGUCAUUGAAGAAGUUCUUUUACUCUUUGGAUCAGGGAAAUAAUUGGAGGGAAUAUCACCUCGAUGAACCUACACAUGCAUUUGAUAUCGUACUUGAUGGCUGGGGUAUAAACGCUGUGAUAGGCUUUGGUAAAGAAAAAGACAAGCAAACUACUGAAUAUACCUUUUACACAAUAGACUUUUCAGAAGUGUUUGGAGGAAGUACCUGUACCGAUAGAGAUUGGGAACCAUGGUAUUUGUCUGAUGGCAAGUGCUUUAAUGGUGUCAAGUACAGUUUAACAGAAGGAAAGCGGAUGCUCAAUGUUUGA